AUGGCCGACAUGAAGACCGGCAUCUUCGCCAAAAACGUCCAGAAACGCCUCAACCGCGCCCAGGAGAAGGUACUUCAGAAACUAGGAAAAGCAGAUGAAACAAAAGAUGAACAGUUUGAAGAAUACGUUCAAAACUUCAAACGGCAAGAGGCAGAGGGUUCCAGGCUCCAGAGAGAACUGAGAGGAUACUUAGCAGCCAUCAAAGGGAUGCAAGAUGCCUCAAAGAAGCUGACAGAGUCUCUUCAUGAAGUGUAUGAGCCAGAUUGGUAUGGACGAGAGGAUGUCAAAAUGAUUGGAGAGAAAUGUGAUGAGCUUUGGGAAGACUUCCAUCAAAAGCUGGUGGAUGGGUCGUUGUUGACCUUGGAUACAUAUCUAGGACAAUUCCCUGAUAUCAAAACUCGCAUUGCAAAACGCAGCAGAAAGCUGGUGGACUACGACAGUGCAAGGCAUCACCUAGAAGCCCUGCAGAGCUCAAAAAGAAAAGAUGAAGGCAGAAUUACCAAGGCAGAAGAAGAAUUUCAAAAAGCACAGAAAGUGUUUGAAGAGUUUAACACGGAUUUACAAGAAGAGUUGCCAUCUCUGUGGUCACGACGAGUUGGCUUCUAUGUGAACACCUUCAAAAAUGUAUCCAGCCUCGAAGCCAAGUUUCACAAGGAAAUAGCUUUACUAUGUCACAAACUAUAUGAAGUGAUGACGAAGCUGGGAGAUCAGCAUGCAGACAAGGCCUUCACUAUUCAAGGGGCACCAAGUGACUCAGGCCCACUCCGCAUCGCGAAAACGCCUUCGCCACCGGAAGAGGUGUCUCCCCUGCCGAGCCCCACUGCCAGUCCCAACCACAUGCUGGCACCGGCCUCGCCGGCACCAGCCCGGCCUAAGUCACCCACGCAGCUGAGGAAAGGUCCGCCGGUUCCACCGCUGCCUAAGCUCACGCCCACGAAGGAGCUGCAACAGGAGAACAUCAUUAACUUCUUUGACGACAACUUUGUUCCAGAAAUCAACGUGACAACCCCAUCGCAGAAUGAAGUUCCUGAAACUAAGAAAGAAGAAUCUUUGCUAGAUUUGGACUUUGACCCUUUCAAGCCAGAAGUUGUAUCAACAGGAGUUACCCAUUCACCCAUGUCUCAGACAUUGCCAUGGGAUCUAUGGACGACAAGCAGCGAAUUGGUGCAGCCGGCAUCCAGCACAGCGUUUAACGGAUUUGCACAGGAUACCUCUGCAUUUACAGUGCAGCCAAAUGAGAAUGUGACAGAGCCUUUGCCUCAGGCUGAAGAAGCUCCACCUGGAGAACCCAAGGUCGAGGAAACCCCUGCAGCUGCUGUUGUGGAUCAGGAGAUUGUCCCUGCUGAGCCUGCUGAGCCCAUGGAGCAGGCUGUGGACAGUGUCGAGGCAGGGGAUAAGGAGACAUCUGGAGUUGCUGAGAAAGAAAGCGAGGUGGUACCAGUCGCCGAGGGGACUGCAGCAGAGGAAGAUGGUGAAGUAGCGGCAGGAGGAGCUGGUGAUGGCACUGCUGCUCCUGAGCAGGAGCUUGUGGCUGAAGGGGACAAACCUCAGGGAGAAGAAAAGGAGGCUGAUGCAUCUCAGGAAAAGGUCAGCAACAUCCCUUCGGUAGUAAUAGAGCCGGCAUCAAACAACGAAGGGGAGGGAGAAGAACAUGAAGUUGUUGUGAACGAGUCCAAAGAAGCUGCAGCAGAGAUGGUCACUCAGGGUGCUGACACUUUUCCCAGUGAUACUUCCCAAAUUGAGCAGAAACCUGCUGAAGAAAUCCAGGAGGCACCUUCUCAAGAUCAGCCUGUUCCAGCAGAAGAUGCGGCUUCUGUGAUGCCACCCGGCUUUCUCUUUAAGGUUGAAGUUCUACAUGACUUUGAGGCAGCUAACAGUGAUGAGCUUAAUUUAAAAAGAGGAGAUAUUGUACUAGUAAUUCCUUCUGAGACCACAGCUGAUCAGGAGGCUGGCUGGUUGACAGGCAUUAAGGAAUCCGAGUGGCUUCAGUACAGAGAUGCAAAUAGCUAUAAAGGACUUUUCCCAGAGAACUUCACACGCCAUCUGGAGUAGUUCUUCACUCUG